AUAAAAUGGUGACCUCAAUUGAGACUCACCAUCCCUUUUAGAUGGCCGACCGUAAAGUCAGCCGAUCCUCCCCACCUUACACAUAGUCAUCUAUCUGCCCAGACCUUCUCCCCGCCCCCCUAACUAAAGGCCUACGUCUGCCAUGCUGCACCGGGAGCUCAGGCGGCUUUUCCACAUUUCUUUCAGCUACUCUAGGCCGGGAUGCGGGGAAGCUAAGAUGCCCUGUUCCGAAGCGAUCCCCGCCGGCGUCUCCCCCAGCAAGCGGGCCCGGCCUGCAGAGCCAGAGCCGGAGGGCCCUGUGCGCCUCCGCUUCGCCCGCCUCUCGGAGCACGCCACGGCCCCCUCCAAGGGGUCGGCACGGGCUGCGGGCUAUGACUUGUACAGUGCCUACGAUUAUACCAUACCAGCCAUGGAGAAAGCCCUGGUGAAAACAGACAUUCAGAUUUCUCUCCCUCCUGGGUGUUAUGGCAGAGUUGCUCCACGUUCUGGCUUGGCUGCAAAACAUUUCAUUGAUGUAGGAGCUGGUGUCAUAGAUGAAGAUUACAGAGGAAAUGUUGGUGUUGUACUAUUUAACUUUGGCAAAGAAACAUUUGAAGUGAAAAAAGGUGACCGUAUUGCACAGCUGAUUUGUGAACGGGUUUUUUAUCCAGAACUUGAAGAAGUCCAAGGCUUAGAUGACACUGAACGUGGAGCAGGAGGUUUUGGUUCUACUGGUCAGAACUAAAAUUAUAUAAUAAAAAUAGAUGUAGCAAUUUUCUUCCUAAAACAUUUCAUAAAAUAAAUUUCCACUUCUGGUGUA